UCCCAAUACAAUACAUUAUUCUAAUCUACUCUACACUUAAGGGUAUCUCUAGAACGUAGACAGUUAAUUGAAUUCAACAUUAAAGGAUACUUCACUACGCCGAACACAUCAUGUGCCCCGGACCGCUAAGUGUUAGCAUGAAAGGAUCGAAAAUUAAACAAUCACCGACACUACAAAGAGAGAACGAUGAAAUUGUCUUGGACGAUUCCAUGGGCAGUAGCCCAAAAUCGAAAACUUUUCUCAAUGACAUUACAAGCAUACUCGUCAUCCUGAAGGCCACUGGAUUGAUGCCACUCUAUGUAACAUUGACCGCCUAUGAGCUGGGUCCGCCUAAAAUCCUAAAUCGAAUAUAUUCCAUUGCAAUACAUUUUAUGGUGCAUGCGAUGACUAUUUUCAACAUGUACAUGUUGUUCACUGGGGGCUCCAAUCAACUUUUCUAUUCGUAUCGCGAAACGGACAACAUCAACUAUUGGAUAGAAAUUCUGUUGUGUAUCGUCACAUAUACUACCACCGUCGUUGUAUGCUCAAAGAACUCCAAAGCAUUUCUAAAGAUACUGAACGAAACGCUUAAAGUGGACGAAGAAAUACAACAACAAUUUUCGGCCACCAUUGUCAACGAUUGUGGCUUUGCUGUUAAGUUCAUCAUCCUUAUUUUGAUUUUUCAGUGGUACAUUGUUCUCCUGAAGAUUUUGCUAAUAAACGAACCAUUAACUGUCACGUCAUACGUCAUCAUUAGUGUGUACUCCAUUCAAAAUGCCUUGUCGUCUAUAUUCAUUGUUUAUUCGUCGAUAUUGUUGCGAUUGUUAUCUGUCCGCUUCGCCUAUCUGAAUUCCAUUAUCAACGGUUACACUUACAAGGAACAACAGAAGACGCGAAGAUUUCGUACUCGCAUACCAACUAAGGAUCAGGCGACAUUGCCGCCUCCUAUGAGCAGUUUUCCGGAAGAUUCUCUCUUUGCCUUUCGCAUGUACAAUAAGUUGCUGCGCCUUUAUAAAUCCGUCAACGAGAGUUGCAGUCUAAUAUUGGUCGUCUACAUGGGAUACUCGUUCUAUUCGAUUACAACAACAACUUACAACCUCUUUGUUCAAAUUACAACACAGCUGGAGAUGUCAUUGAAUAUUCUCCAGAUAUGUUUCGCCCUCUUGUUCUCCCAUACAGCUAUGUUGGCUCUGUUGUCACGAUGUUCGGGCGAAGCCACUGACCAGGCAAAUUUAACGUCGCAGAUCCUGGCGCGGGUAUACGAAAAAUCAAAGGAAUACCAAAAUAUUGUUGAUAAAUUUCUAACAAAAAGCAUAAAACAAGAAAUGCAAUUUACAGCAUAUGGCUUCUUUGUUAUUGACAAUUCGACUCUCUUUAAGAUUUUCUCUGCGGUUACAACUUAUCUUGUCAUACUAAUACAGUUCAAACAGUUGGAAGAAUCUAAAUUGGACGAUUCAGGAGGACAAACUACAACUACUACACCAGCACUUGCCUCUACAGCAGCAAUGAAUGAAACAAUUCAAUGAGCGAGACAAGACAAAUAAAUAGCAUAUAUUUGUGUUCUUUAUAAAGAUGAAUUAUGUAUGUCAGUAAUUGAAUGUAAGCUAUGUACACCAUUUCUUUGCUUCAUUAAACAAAAAUUGAAUAAAUAAAUAAUUCCCAUUAA